CUUCAGUCAGCUUCAGUGUUGAAUGAUUGAAUCAAUGCAUGUUAGGUAUCCAUGUCCGUUACAGGACAAAUGCUAACUAUCUUAGUAGCCUGACCGCAAUUUUUAUGGCGAUAAAGCAGCAGAGAUGCGCCUAAUUCUUAUUACUGUCUUCCUGUUAGUAGCACUCGUGCUAGGGCCUCUGCUCGCAGCUGCGGGCGAUGCUAUUCCCAGCGACAGCAACGCGGGGACACCGGUUCGACUCUGGUUGGACUCCGUUUUUUUCUCGACAGGAGAAAUCCAAAUUUUAAAGGACAUCGUCGCCAAUUCUUCUGGAAAACUGGUCGUUUCUGGCGAAACACAAGCUUCGUUCCUUUCAGUCAAGGGGGCGUAUGUACCACAAUCAUGGGAGCUUUAUUGGACUGUGAGGCGCGCUUGCCACGCCGUGCUGGGCGCCAUUGCCCCUCCCAAACGAGUCAAUUGCAUACCUGGAGUGGAAGCGGUGGCUUACAAGCAGCCACUAGUCCGCAGCAUGCAAGAAGCGUACGGCGAGGCGGCGUUUGACUUCAUUCCUCGCAGCUACAUGCUUCCGACGCAGUAUUGGAUUUGGCGGGCCUGGACGCAGCACUCGAGCUCGCCUGCUGACCUGCCUUGGGUUCUCAAGGCAAAUGAGCACCGGGGCCGGGGAGUGCGAGUGAUGCGGCAGCGUCAGGCCCAGCGUCAGGCCCUGAAAGGAAUUAGCAACACAUCUCAGCAGCGGCAGCAGCAGCAGCCACGUCAUGCAGCAGCACAGCCAAACAGCAACUAUGUGCUCGUACAGAGCUACGUACGACAGCAAUUCCUGUACGACAACCGGCCAAGCUACCUGCGGUUAUGGGUCGUGGUCACAUCUCUACGACCGUUACGCGCGUAUCUCUUCCGAGGCGGCGUAAUUGUGUUUGGCGACAGGAUCGGCGCCAGUAGCAGCAGCGCCGCGGGUAGCAGCAGAGAGGGCCGCGGACGGGGCAGACAUAGGGGUGCUGCGGGUGCGGGAGAGGACCGGGCGGGAUGGCGGAGUGGGGAUGCUUUAGAGGGUCGUCGCUUGAUGCGUCAACAAUUAGGGGAGGAGCAGCUAGCGGCGACGAAUGGUUGGGAGGCCCCCCUUCAGCAGCAACAGCGGCGGGGGCGGCAUCUCCAGCAAUCUGAACAGCAGCACCAGCGCCAGCAGUACGAGACACAUCAAGUCAACUACUGGACGAUCGCCGGCGAGAAGAUGUCGCCAUGGACAGUCGCUCAGUUGCGGCGACACGCUGAAACGCUUUUCCCGAAUGACCCACGGGUCUUUGACCGCACCUGGGAUCACGUACGUGCCUCCAUCGGGGCAGUGCUGGCGGCGCCGUCAGGACGCAUGCGAGCUGCCGCGAGGCAGUUGUCAGCGCUGGAGGGCAGCGGUUUCGAGGUCCUGGGCAUUGACUUCCUGCUCAAUUCCACGCUCCACCCGACCCUGGUGGAGGUCAACGCGCUGCCCUCCCUGGCCCGACUGCGGACUGCUCCCGGAGACCCGGGAGCCGCCGCCGCCACCGCCAAAGCCGCAACUGCUGCUGGUGCUACUGCCUCCGCCGGCAGCGACCCCACCAGUGCUGCUGCAGACACCACUAAUGCCAGCAUCAGCGGCGGCGGCGGUGGUGGUGGUGGUGGUGGUGGUGCCACAGCGGGGGCUCCAGCAACGGGGGCGUCGUUUGACCUGGAGAAGGAGCGCUUCCUUCACCACGCGCUACGUCUCAUCGGCUUGCCACUGGGACCUCCGCCGCCUUUCAGCACUGGGGACGACAGGAACAGCACUUCGACCGUUGCUGCCGCCGGCUCAGCAGCUCCCGCUACCGCCACUACCGCCGCCGCUACACCCGGCGGCGUGCUGCGCUGCCUAGCGGCGCUGCUGCGACCAACCAAUAAUGAGACGGCGGAGCUGCAGACCUUCCUGCGGCGCCACACGCCGGCAGACUGUACGGCAGCGGAGGCGGCGGUGCCGGCGGUACGACACCUGCUGUGUCCGGUGCCGGCGUCAUGGGGCCUUGCGGCGCCUGGCUGGCCCGUGACGCAAGAGGACGGCGGAGGUGGCAGCGGAGGUGGCAGCAACAGCAGCUCUAGUUCCGGGAACAGAAGGCGGCGGAGUCUUUCGGCACAACAGGAGGGCGUUACGGCGGAAGCUUCGGGAAGUGGAUCGUCCGUGCUGCUGCCGGCUUCGCGGCCUUGUCCGCAGCGGCGGUGCUACAGCUGGGACAUGAUGUCAGCGGUUGCGGACACGGAACGUGAACUGGAACAGCGUCUUGAUUUUGAUCCCAUUUUUCCCAUGGCAGCUGCUAGGAAGCUGAACACCGCUGCUUUAGCCGUCGCGUCAGCUGUGGCUGCAGCUGCUGCUACUGCCAAUACCAGCAGCAGUAGCACCAGUGGAGGUGGCAGCGCUGGUAGAGUGGAUCAGGAAGGAGCGGGGAAUGGCGGUACGACGGCAGUGGCGGAAGCCGGGCAAGGGGUUGGGACGGGGGCGGAUGUUCUGGCUACUCAGACAAGGUUACAAAAGCUUUGGACGGGUUUGGGUUUUGUACGGGAGAGCUUUGCGGCGGGGGUCGACAUGGAUCUCGUACGAUCCAUGCAGUACAUGACCACGACGCCGUACAUCCUUGCGAGCACUGCAGUGCCGUACACGGGCAUAGAUGCGGCCUUAGAUGCGUACGUUGCUUCUAGAUCGAGUAUUUUGGAGUCCUGCGCCAGGUGGAAGGAUGGUGCUGAUGGUAAUGUUGGGGAUGUGAGCAGUAGGACAGAAACGAGAGGCGAGGCGGGAGGGCAGCUUGGGGUUCAGGGAGGUGCUGCAGCUGUGGUUGCAUGUGCUGUCAGGUUGUUGGAAGGGGCAUUGAAGCAGAUGUGCGCCUAGAAUUCUACGGCAGGUGAAAGUAUGGAUGUGACGCGACCGCGCCCAAACGGCGAAACGCUGUUGGUUGUUGCUAAUUCCCAGGGGCCCUGCUGCUUUUAAAACAAUUAUGCAGCCGUAUCGACGGUUGCUGGUUGCUGUUGACACGCUUCCCUUGCUGCUGUAUGCUGCUGUGGUUCAUAGUAGCAUGCGGCCUGUGGCCUGCGCUCGUGUAACGAGUAAGAAGCAGUAGGGAACAUUAAAGGGCGUAAGCCUGAUUCGUCAUCAGGCUUAAGGGGGAUGACCCAUGGGUCGCUUGGACCCGCCUCUGGGCUGACUUUGAGUUCCGCCAUCCCGUUUGCAGUGCGUAGUCUGAGGUUGCGCUUUAGUCGCCCAUGCCUGC